GCGCGGAAUUUAAUUGCAGACGCAGUUUGCGCGCGGUCAGUCGCUUUCCCUCGUCGUCCUCGCGGACAACAGUCACACACAUCGAUCACCACGGAUCAAUAAUCGUAACCAGAAACAAAAAAACAUGGCGACGCCACCGAAGAAGCAGUGCCGCGUUCCCGCGUCUUCGUCUCGCAGAGAGAAGAAAAUUUCCAUAGAGGGAAACAUCGCUGCAGGAAAGUCCACCUUCGUGCGUGUCCUGCAGGGGGCGUCAGAGGACUGGGAGGUGAUUCCUGAGCCGAUUGGAAAAUGGUGCAACGUCCAGAAUGAUAGUGACGACAUUUAUCAGGAGUUGAGCUCUUCUCAGAAAAGUGGAGGGAAUCUUCUUCAGAUGUUGUACGACAAACCGAGCCGCUGGUCCUACACCUUCCAGAGUUACGCAUGUCUCAGCAGAGUUCGUUCUCAGCUUCAGCCUCCGACUCUGAAACUGCAGCAGGCUGAGACACCUGUGCAGUUCUAUGAGAGAUCAGUGUACUCUGACAGGUACGUGUUUGCGUCCAACUUGUAUGAGUGUGGGAGUCUGUGUGACACAGAGUGGAGUGUGUAUCAGGACUGGCACACCUGGCUCCUGAAGCAGUUUGAACCGGACAUCGCUCUGGACGCCAUCAUCUACCUGAGAGCAGAGCCACAGCGUUGUAUGCAGCGUCUGCUUCAUCGUGGUCGAGAGGAGGAACAGGGAAUUCCUCUUGAAUAUCUGGAACAGCUUCACUUUAAACACGAGGCCUGGCUUCACCACAGGACCCUCAGGUUGGACUUUGAGUAUCUAAGUGAACUUCCCGUCCUGGUUCUGGACGUGAACGACGACUUCAAGAACGAUCGCAUCAAACAGGAAGUCAUCGUUGACAAGGUCAGAGACUUCCUGUCCACUCUGUAGAUCCACCAAUCACAGCUUAGCGUGCAGCCGUGGCCGCGUUUCAUUGGACGACGUGUUUUGAAUUUUAAAUUUUUUGUACAGUUGUAUUUUUUAUAUUUUAUACAGUGUGUGUGUGUGUGUGUGUGUGUUCUAAGCUUCAGUCUGGAAACGUCUGUCAGUGAAAGCACCGUGAUGCCUUCAGGGAUGAAUUUCUGUCGUUUUCUGGAUCAAUAAAUGAUGUCAGACUGA